AAUAGUCGAGAAAAAGUAGUCGGGCAGUUGAUUUCCCUUGCAGUGGAGCUGCAGAGAACCGAACGCUGGAUAGAGAACUUUACCGGCGAGGUCAACAGAACCAUCAUAGACCAUCAGGAGUUCAUACACCGGACAACUAAGGAUAGAGGAUGGGAUGGCAUCGAGGGCGAGGAUGAAGAAGGGCUCUGGACUUUCGCUAGCUCUUUGCUCUACGCUAUAACGGUUACCACAACCAUUGGUUACGGGCAUGUAGCCCCCAAGACUCCAGAAGGCCGCAUUGUAACCAUUGGCUAUGCAGUUGUGGGAAUUCCCCUAACGCUGCUGUGUCUGACGAACAUCGGAGAUGUCAUGGCUACCGGAUUCCGACUCCUCUACGGCAAGAUCUGCUGUGGCGUCUGCUGCACGCUCUUCAAGCCCAGAAGGCGACGAAUCCCGGGAGACCCUGAAAAGGGUUUAGCUGGUCCCAUGGUUACCACAGAAGAGGAGCAGCCGGAUAAACCGAAAGAAGUCAUUCACGUACCGACAUCGUUAUGUCUGUUACUGAUUGCUGCAUAUAUUUUCGCCGGGGCUAUGCUGUUCGCCAUGUGGGAACAGUGGGAUAUUCUCACCGGCUCCUACUUCUGCUUCAUCACCUUGAGCACCAUCGGCUUCGGGGAUAUCGUUCCGGGGAUGGACAGCAAUGCCUGGGCAGCAGAGGAGAAGUUGGUGCUCUGUGCGUUGUACCUGGUUCUCGGUUUGUCUUUGAUAGCCAUGUGUUUUAACCUGGUUCAGGAGGAUGUCAAGGCCAAGUGUCGAUGGCUGGGGAUGAAGUUAGGAAUUGUCGAGAAACAUGAAACUCCACUUUAA